AUGACUCAAUUUACUGAUUCCGAAUUACAAAACUCUAAACUUAUUCAUAGAUCUAUAACAAAACCACCAACGGUUCUAAUCAAAGCAAAAGGUCAAUAUGUUUAUUCACAAGAUGGUAAAAAAUAUCUUGAUGCAAUAGGAGGAGCAGCUGUUAUAUCAGUUGGUCAUAAUAAUCCAGAAGUUAUAGAAUCCAUUCAUUCUCAUAUGUUAAAUAAUAUAACUUAUUCAUUUAAUGCGGAUUUUACAAUUCCUAUAGUAGAAAAUUUUGCAAAUUUACUUCUUGAUGGAUAUGAUGAUAAAAUAGCAAAAGUUUAUUUUGCAAACCUGGGUAGUGAAGCUAAUGAAAAUGCAAUUAAGUUGGCAAUUCAAUAUUGGAUUGAAAUGAAAAAACCAACAAAGAAUCAAUUUAUUUCUAGAGGUAUGUCAUAUCAUGGAAAUUGUCUUGGUGGAAUAUCAUUAUCAGGAAAUAAAGCCAGAGUUCAACAUAUGAAGAAAUAA